GUCUGCGUGACAGUUGUCGCGGGGGGAGGGCGAGCCCGGACUAGGGGGAGGGAGUGUAAAUAGAGCGGAGGGCGGCGGCGUGUGGACCCCGUGCCCUCUCGGGGGGCCCGCGGGAAACCCCGGAGGGAGAUGGACGAAGAUGAGCAAGAGCAGCGGCGCAGAAAGGUGGAGGCCGGGAGAGCGAAGCUUGCUCACUUCCGACAGAGAAAAACAAAAGGUGACUGUGCGUAUCCGAAGAAAAAGACGGCGAAGAGGAAGGGCCCGGCUGUCGAUGCGCCUGUCCAGGAGGAGAGCCCGGUAGCCACCGAGGAUGGUGGACUCCUGGGAAGAGGAGGGGACGUUUGCAGAGACACGUCGUGCAGCGACACCCCUGACGGAGCAGGAGCAGCACAAGACCGUGAACAAGACUGUAAGCUAGAGAUUGCACAGCCAAUGGGAAGACAGGAGGACGAGGCCGGUGCACAGCAGCAGGUGGCUGUGGAGCUUCGGCAGCCAGCGGGGAUGCAGCAGGUGCAGCUGCAGACCCAGCCGGUGCCCUCCCUGGAGCUGGAGGCGCUACGCCUGAGUCUGAGCAACAUGCACACGGCGCAGCUGGAGCUGACGCAAGCCAACCUCCAGAAGGAGAAGGAGACGGCGCUGACGGAGCUGCGGGCCAUGCUCAAUGGCCGGCACGCCCAGGAGCUGGCCCUGCUGCGCAGCAGGCAGCAGCAGGAGCUGGAGCUCGCCAGGGAGCAGCAUGCGCGGGAGCAGGAGGAGAUGCGGCUGCGGUGCAGCCAGGAAACCGCCAAGCUGAAAGAGAAGCUACAGUCAGAAAUGGAGAGAAACGCCCGGGCUGUGGAGAGCCUGAAGCGAGACUGGGAAUCGGAGAGAGGUUUAUGCCUGGAAAACCUACGCAGAGAGUUGUCUGCGAAGCAUCGGUCAGAGUUGGAGAAUUUACAAGACCAGUUUAAGAGAGAAUUGUCAGAACAGAAAGCUGAAUUGGAGAAGAUCUUUCAAGCCAAAAAUCAGGCUGAAUGUGCCCUGAGGACCCUGGAGGCUCAGCACGAAGAGGCCCUGAGGCAGUUGCGUGAAGACCUGCAGUCGGAGCGCUGCCAGUAUGUGCAGGACUUGGAGCUGAGGCUCCGCGACCAGGAGGUGGAAAAGCAGCUGGAGUUAGAGAGCCUCCGAGCGUCGUACGCGGAGCUGAAGGCUCAGUCGCAGGAAGAGAUCCGGCGCCUCUGGUCCCAGCUCGAGUCUCCGAGACCCGACAGACAGGACGCGAGUGCCCGCACGCCUCACGGGGAAGAGCUGGAGCAGCGAGAGCGAGAGUGCGGCGUCCAGCAGCAGCGCCGGGGCCGGAGGGCCGAGCAGGAGUCUGAGCUGGGGCAGAGCCCUGAGGGGGCUGUGGAGCGCGGGCGGGAGGACCCGGUGCUGUUGGAGCAGCGGCUGCAGGACGCGACCGAAGAGCCCUCUCUGGAGUCCGGGGGAAUCGGUCCGUCCAGCAUGCGUGAAGGGGAGAGACGAGAGCAACGUGUUGGACCCAGCCUGCAGCCCGAGUUGGCAGAGAACCACCGGUGCCACCUCACAGCGUGGACAUCCUCCCUGGAAGCCCAGCAGCAGGCGGGCCUCGUGGAGACCCAGGAGUCGGAAGGGGAGCAACGCGAGGGCCUCUCAGAAGGGCCCGGCCAAGAGCUCACGCAGGUGCCCGUUCCGUGUGCACAGGGCACGGCCUUGAAGGUGGACACGGAGGUGGUGGCCAGAGGGCUGGGUCUGGAAGCUGAGCACAGGCUUAAACUGCUGCUUCUUCAGACGGAGCUCAAGGAAGAAAUGGACGUCUUAAAACUAGAAAACAGGAAUUUACACGAGAAGUUGCAGCACGAAGUCUGCCUGAAAGAGGACUUGGAGAGGGUAAAACACAGCUUGGUUGAAGAUCACCGGGAGGAGCUGAAGAAAGCCAACGAGAGGUUACAGCUCGUGAAGCAAGAAUUGAAAGACAAAGAAGCAGAAUGGAAAGUGGCAAGUGAGGAUCUAAAGAGAAAAGCUGAAGAGGAGCUCACGCUGAUGCUCCAUGACCUGAAAGAACAAGCUGAAGCUGAGAAACAGUCCGUAAUAAACAAGUUUGAGCUCCGAGAAAUCAAAAUGAGGCAACUUCAGGAUCAGCAGGCAGCCCAGAUCCUGGACCUGGAGGGGUCUCUGGUGGAGCAGCAGGGCCGCCUGCGGCAGCUGGAGCAUGGGCUAGAGGCGGAGGAGUGUCCACGGUGCGGCCACUGUGGCCAGGAGCCAGCUGGCCGUGUGGCUCCUGCGGACCAGGACUGGGAGCUCGCCACCCGCCGCCUGAGGGAGGACUGCGCCCUCCAGCUGAUGCAGGCGCAGAGCAGGUUCUUAAAAGAACGUAAAGAACUCACAGAGAAAUUCACCGCGGAACAGGAUGCUCUCCUCCAGGAGGCCCAGGAGAAGCACGCCUGUGACAUGCGGCUCCUGCAGGAGAGACACCAGCAGCACGUACUGUCCUUGACGGCGCAGCUGGAGGCCAGACGCCGGGCCGAGGUGGAGGAGCUGAAGGCCUCCGUGGAGAGCGAGCGGUGGGCUCUCGCAGAAGCACGUGUGGCUGAGUUGCAGACAGAGCACGCCGCUGCCAUCAGUGCCCUGGAAGCCAGACACUCGGCACUUCUGGGGUCCCUGGAGUCGCGUCACCUGUCCGAGGUGCAGGCCAUGCGGGAGGAGCACAGGCAGGCUCUCGAGCAGCUGAGAGUGGACCUGGAGAAGCAGCUGCAGGAGAAGGAGGCUUCUCACCCCACGCCUCUGACUCAGGCGCUGGAGAAGCAUCCGCUGAGCCACGGCCAGGAGCUUCCGCCUGUGGAGGGGGGCCUGAGGACGCAGACGAGCUCGGGCCAGCUUGAGGGUGUGAAGGCCCCGGUGCCCCCUGAGGUUCAGGGAGCCCAGCAGGAGGGUGCCCCGGUCCCUGCAGAGGUUGAGGCCCAGCGUCCAGCCCUCCUGGCCGAGCUGCGACAGGAGACAGGGAAACAGCAGCUCCACUGUCAGGAGGAGCCUGAGGUGCUCGAGUGCCCGUCAGAACCGUUCCUGGAGCAGCAAAUCCUACAGCCAAAGGGUGAAUUUGAAAGUGAAAAGAAAGUUGCUUUGCAUGAAAAGGAGAUACAUGGACUUGAGUGUGCGCAAGCACAGUCCCUUUACCAAAAAGAGAAAGAAUCCUUGUUUCUGCAGCUGCAGGAGAAGAAUAACCAAAUUCUGCAGCUGAAGGAACAGAUUUUAUCCCUAAGUCACGAGGUGGAAGAGCGCCGCCGCGACCUGGAGCAGCUGCAGCAGAGGCGCGAGAGGGAGAACCAGGAGGGCACGAAUCUCAUCUCGAUGCUGAAGUCCGACGCUGACCUGUCUGACCGCGAAAGGAGAGCUCUCCGAGAUGCUCUGCGGAGGCUGCUCAGUUUGUUUGGAGAGAUGCUGAAGGUUGCCAUCGCGCUGAAGAGCCGGAUCAGUGAGCGCGUGGGGCUCUGUCUGGAGGAUGAAGACCCACCUGGUGCGUGGCCCAGCGGCCAGGCCCUGUCUGCAGCACCAGUGCUUGAAGAGACGUGGCCUGGGUCUGAGGCAGCCCUGCUGGAACUGGACAGAAGUUUGCCUGAAUGCGUGGAGAUGCCUUCAGAGGCUGAAAUUAGCAGUCACAUCUGUGAAAGCUUUUUCAUGAGCCCAGAAAGUUCACUGGAGUACGAGCAGCCGAUUAGGAGGAUUUACCAGAGUCUGGGCCUGGCGGUGGAGGGCCUGCUGGAGCUGGCUCUAGACUCCACCAGGCAGCUGGAAGAAGCGCGUCAGAUUCAUUCUCGUUUUGAGAAAGAAUUUAGCUGUAAGAACGAGGAGACGGCACAGGUCGUCAGGAAGCAGCAGCAGUUACUGGAGCGCCUGGAGGAGGAGAACGCGGCCCGGACGCGGCUGAUGCUGGAGCUACACCAGGCGCAGGGCAUCAUCGAAGGCUUCAAGGAGGAGAAGGCCAGCCUGCAGGAGGCGCUGUGCCGGCAGGAGACGGCCGAGCACGGCCUGGCGGAGGAGCUGGAGGGUCUGAGGCAGCAGCUGCAGCAGGCGGCGCAGCAGCAGGCGGAGCUGAAGGAGGAGAAUUCCGCCCUGUGGAGCCAGAAGGAGGCGUCGGCCGCAGAAGCAGAGGCGAGAGAAGCUGGCACUCCUGCUCCCAUAGCACACGAGGACUCAGCUCUUCGUAGGGAAGUGGAGUGUCUGACGCAGGAGCAGUCGGAGGCCAGGAAGCAGUCGGAGAAGGACCGCGCGGCGCUGCUCUCUCAGAUGAAGGUUUUCGAGGCGGAGUUGGAGGAGCAGCUCUCUCGGCACGAAGCGUGUGCCAAGCAGGCCGAGGAGCUGUCCGCGCUGAGGCAGCAGAUGGCGGCUCUGGACAAGCAUCUGCGGAGCCAGCGGCAGUUCAUGGACGAGCAGGCUGUCGAGAGGGAACACGAGCGGGAGGAGUUCCAGCGGGAGAUCCAGAGGCUGGAGGAGCAGCUCCGCCAGGCGGCCCGGCCGCGGCCCCAUGGCCCUCGUGUCAGCGACGAGGAGCAGCUGGACGAGGAGGUUGAAUUGUUGCAAGAAAAGUUGAGAGAGAAAUCAGAUGGCUUUAACGAGUUGGUCAUAAAGAAAGAGUUGGCGGACAGACAAGUGAUGAUCCAGGAAGAGGAAAUCCGACGUCUCGAGGAGACCAACGCGAGCUGCAGGAGGGAGGCGGCUCAGCUGCGGGAAGAGCUGGAAAGGCAGAGAGACGCCAUGAAGGCCUUGCAGCAGGAUAAAGAGGCCUUACAGGAGAAGCAGAUGAGCAACUUGCUUCUGGUGUCCACACUACAGUCUAAACUCGAUGAGGGCAGGUGCCCUGUGCCUCCUGCAGACAGCUGCCCCGAGGGCCCAGAAGUCCAGUUAGAGGCGGUGCAGAGGGCGCUCCAGCAGCGAGAGAGCGAGGUUUUGGAUUUAAAAGAACAAUUAGGAAAGAUGAAAGAUGACCUAGUAAGUAAGAGUGAUGAAGUGCUGCACCUGAACUUGGAAUUAGACGCGCAGAGCAGCCGUGCGGCCGUCAGUGUGCGGGAACUUCAGGAGGAGAACGCCAGCCUGAAGGCAUUUCUGCAAAACAAAGAAAAGGAGAUCAUGUGUGUGAGCGAGCAGCUCGAGGCGCAGCUGGCCGGGAUGGGAAGUGGCGCGCUCCGCGAGGUCACCUAUGACAGAAGCUCAGAGAUCGAGGAGCUGAGAUCCAUCAUCGAGAACCUGCGAGAGAACCAGCAACGGCUGCAGAAAGAAAAGGCGGAGGAGAUGGAGCAGCUCCACGAGGUCAUCGAGAGGCUGCAGGAAGAGCUGUCCCUCGGGGCGCCCGCCGUGCCCGCUGCUGUGGACUGCGAGCUGCCCGCUGUCCCCGCCCCCGCUGUGGGGCCAGAGGCGCUGGCGGCAGCGGGGGCGGCGAGCCGGCUGUUCGCGGAGCAGGAGCACAGGCACGGACAGGCCCUGGAGGCCCUGCAGCAGCGCCUGCAGGCUGCGGAGGAGGCCGCCGCCGGGCAGCUGGCCGAGCUGGAGCGCAGCGCCGCCCUCAGGGAGGCUGAGGUCCAGGCUAUGGCCUCCCAGAUCCAGGCCUUCGAAGCUGCCCUGAGAGCAAAGGAGGCGAGGCUUGCAGAACGGGAUUUAGAGAUCGACGCCAUGAAGCGGCAGAAAUUGGCCCACUCUGCGGAGCUGGAGACCAUCCUGGCCGCCUUCUCCCGCUUCCGCCGCACCCUGGAACGGCAGCCCCUGGCCGCCGAGGACGAGCCCCCGGAACUGCAGCGGCUGCGAGUGCAGUGUGUCCGCCUCAGUCGCCAGCUGCAGGUGCUCAACCAGCGGUUCCUGAGGUGCCAGAAGGAGGCAGACAAGCAGCAGGCGCGUGGGGCCCGCCUGCGCCCUCGGGGGGCACGUGGCUUGCAGGGACCGGGCCCCAGGGCUGAAGAGGCCUCGCGGGACGAAGCGUCACAGCAGGACGUGGACAGCAGACAGGUGGCCUCGGCCACCCAGGGCCAGGUCAGAGACCCCCAGAACGCAGUGAACGAUGAUUUGCAGCCUGCCGAGCUGCCGGUGACAUCAGGUCCCCCAGGUCUGCUCAAACAAGACAGCGUGAUGUCGGUGCUUGCGGUCUGCCAGAGGCAGCUGGAGUCUGAGCUGCUCUUGCUGAAGAACGAAAUGCACUUGAGAACAGAGGACCGCGGCAAAGCGCCGGCCAGGAUGAAGAAUAAGGAAAAUUUACUGGAAGAUCGUCAGCUGCAGAAAGUUGGUCUCAUAAGUCAGGUGAAAGAACUUCAAGAAAAGUUGAACCACCUGGUGCGUUCUGUGAACUUUCAGAACAUUGAGACAGAGGAUUUCAAAUCUCAGCAGCCGGUGGCCUGUUCACGUGCUUUAGAAAAUAGUUUGAGUGAUAGCUCCAGUAAUGGUGAAGAAACUGACAGAUCAUCUCUUGUUGAUGCAUUUCAUAUCGAUAAGACCACGUGUGAUCUAAAUGACCUGAGUGGAAAUCAGGACCCACUGAUGAGAAAUGAAAUGCUAGAUGUUCCCGUGGAAGAUAAGGUUGAGUUGCAGGAAGGACCACGUUGUCUACAAGCAAACUUCCACGGUGGCUCCCCUGACCUGACCCCUACGGAGGGGCCCGGGCCCUUGAAGAACGCACUCAGGGCAAUGGACCUGUCCUCCUGGAGCUCCCCGGAGGUUGUCAGGAAGGACCUCACCCUGGAGCCUGUGCCCAGCCUGCCCCUGACCCCGUGCUCAGACGCCCUGAGCCUGGACGCCUCCCUGCAGGACAGGACCAGUGCCUCGCUCCAGGCUGACCAGUUGGAGCUGCUUUGGUAUCUGGGCCAGUCACCAGCAGAAAAGGCCUCCAGGUCGGCAGAGUCUCCGUUGGCUGCAGACCGGGUUCCCUCCGCGGACCACCACGUGCUGCAAAUGGCUGUGGAGAAAGAUGUUGAAGAUUUUAUCGUAACAUCUCUUGAUGCUCAAGAAAAGCCCAGAUCCUCUCCUCUUGGGUUUGAAGGAAAGAGCAAUGGAAGUGAAAACAGUGAUGGCUCGGCGUGUGGAGAGAUCCUAAACCAAGAUUUGGGAAGACUCGGGGCCCCCGCUGCUCGUCCCCCAGGGCCUCCUGCCGCCUCUGGAAGGUUCCGACGGCCGCUGGAGGCCAUGAAGGAGAAGGAAGUCCACCCGAAGCAAGUGAAGGCCCUGCUGCAGAUGGUGUGUGACGAGAGCCACCACAUACUGGCCUUGUCCGAGUGCCGCGGGCUGCCCAGCGCCCUGAGCAGGGGUGAGCCGCGGGCCCCCCUGGAGCACUUCCCGGGGGAGGGCCCUGGCCUGCUGGAGGCGGUGCCGGCCCCAAGGAGACAUCCGCACCUGGCACCCCAGAAGGGAGAGCAGGAACCGCCCGACCCAGGCCUUGACUGGAGGGGAGAAUUCCUACAGGCUGUUCAGGAGGCAUUUGGAAAAGAACGGGAGAUGUUGAGGGCCGAGCUGCAGCCCCGGCCCUGUGGCUCUGCCCCCGGGGAACACAGCUCCCUGCUGGAGAGGCUGGAGAAGGUGGUCCAGGAGCAGGAGAAGUCCUUGGAGCACCUCCGCGCGUCAGACAGGAGCAGCUUGCUGUCGGAGAUCCAGGCCCUGCGCGCCCAGCUGCGCAUGACGCACCUGCAGAACCAGGAGAAGCUGCAGCAGCUGUGUGCGGCGCUGACCAGCGCGGAGGCUCGGGGGAGCCGGCAGGAGCACCAGCUGCGCAGGCAGGUGGAGUUACUGGCAUAUAAGGUUGAGCAGGAGAAGCGCAUAGCAAGCGACGUGCAGAAGACCCUGACUGAGGAGCAGGAGAAAGCCAGCAGCGUCCGGAAGCUCCUGGUGGUGGAGCAGACGGUCGUCAGGGACUUGAGGUCCGAGCUCCGCGAGUGUAAGCAGGACAACGAGAGGCUGCUGGCCUCGCUCGGUGAGGCGCAGAAGGAAGUCCUCCAGCUGAGGUCUGUGCUGGACAGCAAGGAGAGCAACCUGCGGGCCGCGCUGCAGGAGCUGGAGAGCGAGCGCGGGAAGGAGCGCGCCCUGCAGAGCCGGCUGGAGGAGGCGCAGCUGCAGCACCUGCAGAGGGAGGGCCAGAGCUCCAAGACCCUGGAGGAGCUAAGGGCCUCUCUGGAGAAGCAGUUCGCCCAGAGCAGCCAGCUGUGCGUUGCCUUGAAGCACGAGCAGACGGCCAAGGACAACCUGCAGAAGGAGCUGCAGAUCGAGGCCUCGCGCUGCGAGGCGCUGCUGGCGCAGGAGCGGGGCCAGCUGUCCGAGCUGCAGCGGAGCCUGGAGGCCGAGAAGGGCCGGUCGCUGGAGCUGGCCGCCGCCCUGCGCCACGAGCGGCUCCUGACGGAGCAGCUGAGCCGCGGCCCCCGGGAGUCGCCGGCGCAUCACGCUCUGCUGAGGAAGCUCAAGGAGGAGAAGUCCCGCGCGGCGGAGCUGCAGGCCCGGCUGGAGCAGGUGCAGCGGCAGCAGGAGGCGGACGUGCAGAAGCGCCGCGCGGAGCUGGAGAGGGAGAAGGAGGUAAGGGCCGCGCAGGCCCGGGAGCCGGGGCGCUGUCUGCGCAGAGAGGGGCACGCUUCUCAGCAGCAGGCGGGAUUAGAGCCCUUGCAGGCGGGGCUGGCUGCGCAGGAAGGACGCAAGGACGCGAGGAGAGCGGACGUGGGGCCGGGCCGGGCUGACGCGGAGAUGCGGCCGACGGGAGCCAAGGAGAAACUGCGAGAGCUGGAGCUGCAGCGCCAGCGCGAUGAGCACAAGAUCCGGCAGCUUCAGCGGACGGUCCAGGCCCUGGAGGCGAAGGAGGAGGCUGCCCAGCGCCCAGAAGCCGAGCGGCUGCAGGAGGAGCGGCUCGGCCUGGAGCGCGUCCGGCAGCAGCUGCUGUGCGCCGCUGGGCUCCUGACCAGCUUCAUCAGCCGGACGGUGGACAGGACCAUCAGCGACUGGACGUCAUCGAAUGAGAAAGCAGUGACAUCCUUACUGCACACACUAGAGGAGCUCAAGUCUGAGCUGAGCACGCCCAGCUCCUCCCAGAAAAAAAUGACCGCAGAGCUGCAGACCCAGCUGGUGGACGUCCUCCUGAAAGACAAUGACUCCCUGACGAAGGCCCUGCGCACGGUGACCCAGGAGAAGGCCGAGCUGUGCCGGGCGGUGUCCCAGCUGGAGAAGUCCCUGAAGCAUCACGUGCUGAGGCGCGGCGUGUGCAGCAAGCCGGACAGGUGUGCGGGGAAGCAGGACGGGACGGCCUUGCCGAGCUCGGCGCGACAGCCAGACCCAGGACUGCCGCCAGCAGCCGCGCGCGAGGACGCAAACACCUGCGGCGUGCAAAUGGAGAAGUUGUACCUGCAUUACUUGAGAGCAGAAAGCUUCAGGAAAGCUCUGAUUUAUCAGAAGAAGUACCUUUUGCUGCUGAUUGGUGGAUUCCAGGACUCCGAACAAGAGACGCUCUCCAUGAUCGCUCACCUGGGCGUAUUUCCCUCCAAAGCUGAUAAGAAGACGACCACGUCGCGCCCUUUCACGAGGUUCCGGACGGCUGUCAGGGUGGUGAUCGCCAUAUUAAGAUUACGCUUUCUGGUUAAGAAGUGGCAAGAGGUGGAUCGGAGAGGCGCCGCCACGCACGGCCGAGCGCCGCGUCCAGGGCUCCCGGCACCACGGCAGCAGCCCCCGCCCGCAGCCAGCAGGUCGCCCCCGACCCGGGACACAUCCUGCAGCCGCUCCGGGGACCGAGCGCCCAAGGCCUCCCCGGGCAGGAGGCACAGAGGGAACCACGCGAGCGUCUACUCAGGCGCCGGGACGAGGGAAGCCGUCGGAGCCGUGUCGUUUCCACCACGAUCUCCCAGGAUUUGUAACAAAGCACACUUGAGUUUGUGUCUCCGUGGUGUCGGCACCUGCGUCUGGAAUCCUCCGUGCCAGCGUGUCCCGCUCUCGGCCCCUGCAUCCACUCCGUCCCCGGAUUCAAGAUCACAAGGGUCCCCGGCUGCUUCUCAAGAUCCCGAGCGCUCCCUGACGGAGUAUAUUCACCACCUGGAGGUGAUCCAGCAGCGGCUGGGCGGGGCGGCUGCAGAUUCCGGUUCAAAGAAAUCCUGCUGCCAGAGGAUGAAACAGUGAAUAAAAUCCUUGGGGCUCUUUGCUGUGGCGGCUCUAUUUGAGGAACAGAGUUCUUUCCGUUUUCCUAAGGACGGCGGCGCCUGGGAACCCGCCCCCGGGAGGAGGCCGCGCGGAGCGUCUCGGUCACUGCUGUGCUUUAGCUCCUGCCCGGGUCGUGUGCGCGAGUGACGGGCGCCCCGGCCUUGCCUCCACGCGCGAGCGGAGACCGGCCUCCCGCUGGUUAUCUCCUUGAGCGCACGGAGGGGAGCUUGGCUGCAGAACAGAAACAAUAAAACGACAGCACUGUCUCACGUGGGAA